AUGGGCUGCACAUCAUCCACCCAAGUCAUCACCGACCCCGUCACAGGCGAAACCAAGACGAAAAAGAAGAAUGGCGGUGCCUAUCCCGGCCAACGGGGACAACAACAUGCUGCCUAUCAACCACCCGCCUCGGCGUUUGUCAAUGGCCAAGCCACGGCCCACUUUGUCUCGUACGGAGGCGGCAACGCACUGACGUUAAUGCAACCGGAUGGCAGUACCAAACCCCAACAUGGAGGACACGCCUCCAAACUCGUCAAAGUGACAUUGCCACCGGGAGUGGUAGCCGGACAAACGAUACACGUCAAAGCACCGGAUGGAAGACUCAAUGAAAUUAUUGUCCCAAACGGUUUUGGACCCGGAUCCACCUUUACCGUCGAAUUUGCGCCUCCGAACGAAGUGCCAACACAACCCUAUGAAAAGAUUCCCGCCGAAGAAGCAGGCGCCAUGAACAAUACACGACCUUCGGCUCCCUAUGCAACCGCACCCAUUAGUAGCAGCGUGGAACCCAUUCCAGCUCCCGUGUCAGGAGAUGAUGGAUUUGCAUCGGGCUUUAACAAUCCGGAUUGGACGCCAUCAAAAACAACUCCCGUCUACGCUUCGGCCAUUCCCACAACACACGACCCCGAAAUUGAGAUUUAUCCCACCACACAGGCCGUACCAGUAGCAUCGGCUGGUCCCUACGCAACCGCCAAGCCGUAUUGA